UUAACAGCAAUCUGCUAUGCCAGGGAGUACAGCGAACUCAAGGUUAAUUAGAAAAUGUCUUUCUUAAAACAGCAAUUCUCGUGUGAUCCUUUAGAGAUGAAAAUUGAUAUUCAUAGUCACAUUCUACCUAAGGAAUGGCCUGAUCUAAAAGAGAGAUAUGGUUAUGGUGGAUGGGUUCAACUGGACCACCAUUGCAAGGGGGAGGCAAAAAUGAUGAAGGAGGGAAAGGUUUUCAGAGUUAUCCAAGAGAACUGCUGGAAUCCAGAGGUUCGGAUUAAAGAGAUGAACAAAUCAGGAGUCACUGUACAAGCCCUUUCUACAGUUCCUGUAAUGUUCAACUAUUGGGCUAAACCUGAGGAUACUUUAGAUCUGUGCCAAUUAUUAAAUAAUGACUUAGCUGCUACAGUAAAAAAGUACCCCAAGAGGUUUAUCGGCCUUGGCACAUUACCUAUGCAAGCACCAGACCUGGCUGUGAAGGAAAUGUAUCGCUGUGUGAACGAGCUUGGCUUUCCUGGGGUACAGAUAGGAUCUCAUAUCAACGAAUGGGACCUGAAUGCACCAGAACUGUUUGCUGUCUAUGCUGCAGCUGAAUUAUUAAACUGUUGUCUGUUUGUGCAUCCCUGGGACAUGCAGACAAAUGGAAGGAUGUCCAAGUACUGGCUUCCCUGGCUUGUGGGCAUGCCAGGGGAAACAACCAUUGCCAUUUGCUCCAUGAUUAUGGGAGGAAUUUUUGAAACUUUUCCUAAACUGAAAGUUUGCUUUGCCCAUGGAGGUGGCGCUUUCCCAUAUACACUAGGGCGUAUUUCCCAUGGAUUCAAUGUGCGCCCUGAUUUGUGUGCAGUGGAUAAUAAAGUUGAUCCAAAGAAAUACCUUGGUUCAUUUUACACGGAUUCACUUGUCCAUGAUCCUCGGGCCCUAAAGCUGCUAAUCGAUGUAAUAGGAGAGGACAAAGUUCUUUUGGGAACAGAUUACCCUUUUCCACUAGGGGAACUAGAACCUGGAAAACUGAUUGAUUCUAUGGAAGAGUUUGAUAAUGGACUAAAGGAUAAACUCAAAGCUGGCAAUGCUCUGGCAUUUUUGGGUCUUGACAGAAAACAAUUUGAAUAACUUUAACAGAGACCAAAUUUGUAUCCUUUUGUAUAUUUGUGUACAUGCCUACAUAUGUGUAUUUCUACCAUUUCAAUGUCAAAUAAAAUCUACAUAUAAAUGAUAGUAUUUCCUGGUAUCCUCAAAGUAAAAGCAAGGGCACUGGAAAUCCACAUGUGGGAAUUUCUGUGUCUUAAGGAUUUAGGUUGUACCUGCAGAUUUUUGGGAUCCCUGCUUUUCUACAGAGAUUUAAUUUCUUCCAAUUGUGAUGAUGAUAACCUUCUGAAUACAAAUCAAUGCAGUGUUAUCAAUACCAGGUUUCUUGAAAAAAAAAAAUAGCUCAAUGAGAGUUGUGAAUUUCCCCUCUUUAUUUCAGUUGUUAACUAUGAAACCUAAUGAUCAUAAUGUAAAUAUUAAUACAUAAAUAAUACACAGUGUGAUUCAAUGUUCCAUUCACUUAAAAGGAUAUUCUUCAUGAAUAAAGUUGCAUGUUUUAAAUGUGAAAAUA